AUGGCUGGAUACUUUGGAAUAGAAUCUACUUACAAUAAAGCCAGAAAUAAGUACUUUUGGCCCCAAAUAUACAAAACUAUCAAAGAGUACAUACAAAUGUGUGAUGUCUGCAUCGAUAUAGUAGGCCCCUUCAAAGAUAUUACCGAAACAGGAAACUGCUAUAUCGUUGUAGCCAUGGAAUACCUAACAAAGUGGCCUGAAGCACGUCUCAUACCUAAUAUGAUGGUACCUACAAUCGCCCGGUUUAUUUAUGAAGACAUUAUAUAUCAUCACGAUGCAUUAUACAAAAUUAUGACUACCCACCAUCGUUUAGCAGCCGCCUACCACUCUCAGAUAAAUGGUCUCACAGAGAGAUUCAAUAAAACUCUCUGUUCUACUUUAGCAAAACUAGUUAGUGAUUAUAAAACCACUUGGGAUACCCUACUACUGGCAGCUCUAUUCGCUUAUCGUAUCUUUCUGAACUAUACUACCAAAUAUGACCUAUUUUACCUUAUGCAUGGAUACACUGCUACCCUUCCACUGGACCUACAGUUACAACCAGAAGAAGAUAUUUCAGAACUGCCCUUAGAGCAAUCAUUGGAAUUACAUAUCAAUACAAUUGCACCAACAGAGAAUUCAAGCCCAAAGAAAAAUAGAAAGGCCCUUACUUCAUCCACGACCAUGGAGCUCUGGGAAUAUACAAGUUACGAACGGAAGAUG